AUGGCAAGUAAUACUCAUCUGACCAAAGGCCUGCGUCACAUACUCCGACCACGUCUAUUGAAGUCGGGCGAAGCUUUCGUCAUCAGGUACAAGAACCCGUUACGGAACCACAAAACAGACGUGUGGAUUGGGGUGAUCCUUCCGCAUAUGUUUGGUCCAGAGAGUCACUCCAAACGUCGCCCUCCAUUUGCACAGCCAGAAGAAGGUGACUGGACCAAACAUCCCAAAGAUCGGGUGUACUCAGUUUACCUGCCCGGAAGAAAUAUGUACCGAUGGGUUGGAUUCAAUGACAUGUUUAUUCUGGACGAAUGGACAUUCAACGUCAUGAGAAAAAUGGGCCGACAGGAUGAAAGCAAGGUUUGGGACGACCUUGUUGAGAUCAUGGGUACUAAGCCUGACAUGUCGUUCUGGAAGGAAAUGUCAUUACAAGAGGUAGGCACCAAAGGAAAACGUGGCCGGGAGGUGUACAUCGUGAUGCCAUACAAGGAUGGGGAAGGUCAUGACGCUGAAGAAGAAGAAGAAGAAGAAGGAAGCGGCGGCGAAGCGGGCUCCCAUUCGCUCAAGUCAGAACUUGGGGAUAUGGAAGAGAGCCCGUCCAAGGUACAGGCAACCAAAAAAUCGUUUUCUGCUUCGCGCAAGAGCUACAAGCCAAGCGGGUCGCCCAACAUCCAGGGAAUUGGAGGGCGUGGAAUGAGCGAAGUUCCGCAGUCAGAGAAAAAUAUCAAAUCCGAGACAGACGAUACCGCCCAGCAGCCCCGAGUCUUACAACCUCGCCGUCAGACAGGCUCAAGGCUCCUAAUCAACCAAGAUCCUGCUUCCCGUUCUCUCUCCUCUGCUCUCUCUUCUACCACCAAGUCAUUUCAUCCAGGAAGUGUGGUUUCGCGUCUCACACUUGACUGCAAUGUCCCAAUGGUUGCUGGCGAAAGUUCUCCUAGCCCCGGGUCUCCGAGCCCUACCGCCAAGGAUCACUACACCAAGAUCGACCGUGUUUUGCAACAAGUGAUCAAUGAUGAUGUCUCUUGGGCUUUCCAUCAACACCUCGAGUUUCAGAAACAGCCUGAGUUUAGAGACCUUCGCACAUGGGUGAUCCAUGAGACUUAUCGCCCUCAUGUCGAGCUUCCCGACCCCACGGAAGACCCGCAAGAUCUUCCCGAAUACUCUGCGCUGACGACUGCUAAUGGUGAGACUGUCAUUCGCGUCCUGGGAGAUAUUUUAAAUUUGAACCAAGAGUAUCGGCUCCGAGGCUUCCGUGAUCCAAAGACCCGCCAGGAGGGGAUUGUAUCCCUUGGGAUUAUCUACCAGCACAUCAAAAGCCUCGUGACCAGAGAUCAGAACAUGCAAAAAUUGGUCUCCACCAUUGCUCGCAAGCUUCAAAUUGCUUGGAACUCCUACGCAGGAAUAUCUCUGUGCCAACCUCUCCUCAAUAUUGCAUUCGUCGCAUUCGGGGAUGGCUACGAUCACGAGCGCCCCGAUCUCAUCCAGCAAUGGUUUUUCAAGUUCUUUGCACAGACUUUUGCGUUCUUUUACCACGACUGCCACGAGAAAUUUCUAGAAUUCCUUCGAGCCGACGAGGCGGUUCAAAAGCAGAUUUUCGACCUCCGCGCUGAGUUUAACCGCCGCCAGCCCAUCAUGAAUGAGGAUAUCCGGGUCCUCCUCAUGACCCGAAGGAUCUUCCACUUGUGA